AGUGGUAUGCAGCAGAUGAUGGUCGCAAUUUAGCGUCCGGUUUCGACGAGAGGACACUCGGGGUCCUCAACUCGGGGCCCCAUUCGCACGUUACAGUACUCCAACAGGGCACUGAGCAGUUGUGGACCGAAGCCGGAGACCUCGGGGAAUUGGGUAUAAGCCAGGAGAUGGUUGAGCGGAAAUUCGAUGUCUCCACUGCCGUCGGCUGAAGAGAAGCCGUCGACUGAAGAGAUGUUACCAACAAGGACGGUGGACGGAAAGUGGAGACAUCGACGAAGGGGGCCGCAAAUACGCUCUACGAAGGUGGCCACGGCUUUGAAUGUAUCGUAGUCGUUGAGCAAGAGGGAAUGGCAGUCGCUGUCCGACACAACGAGCACCAGGUCUACCAGCGACUUCGAGCACCCACGGUCCACCAAACACUUCUGCAGACAGUGGGAAGCAAGAGAGAUCGGCAUUACUGACGCCACCAUUUUCCCUGCUUUCUGUGUCUCAGUCUGUACCUGCAGCUGCCGGAUUCCGUCUCUGAUGUCGGUCGGUUCAAGUCCAUAGAAUUUGAUGCUGUCGACAUACUCAAGCUUUGCCAGAGGCCCCUCAGUUCCCGGCUUUGCCGGAGGGAUGGCCUCAAGCAGCUCAGCAAGCUGCGGUGGAGCAGCGGGAACCCUCACGUGUAACUGCUGAAGGGAUCUGGUUGAAGCAAUGACUGGUCUGAUGCAGUCGUUGUCCUCGGUCGCCACAUCCAUCACGCUCUCGAGCGCUGGCAG